UGUCCUUUUUAGCCCCUCACCACUUCUUCCCAGCGCACAUUCCCAUCGACAUGCGGCAUCACGAUGGACGAUGCCUCUAUGACACAACAUGCUGCACGCCGUGCAGGUCCCACAGGUUUGUCUGCCGCCCCCAUCAUCUCUGACAUCUCCCUGCUCCGCCUCUCACCGGCUGCCAUGGCGACUGGCGAGUCCCCCUUUGGCCUGCCGCCACCCUAUGUCAGCUCUCACAUGGAGCAGUACCUGCACACGGUGCACGCCGGCCCCGCCCUCUCCGUCAUCUCAGCGACAGAACUGGCCCAUGAGCAUUUGAAAGACAGCGGGCUGUUCACGCUCCCGCCUCCACCUCCUCUGGGGGCAGGGCCAGCUGAGUUUUACCACCUGAUGACGAGCCACCAGAACGCCUACGGCGAGCUACUGAUGCAGGGGAGUGGUGCCAGCUCAGCGGGCCCCCUGUCCGACUACAUCACCCCCAUCGACAUGUCACGUUUCUCCAGUCCCAGACUGAGCCGCAAGAGGGCGCUGUCCAUCUCACCGCUGUCAGACGCCAGCAUUGACCUGCAGACGGUGAUCUGCACCUCACCUAACUCACUGGUGGCGUAUAUCAACAGCUCGCGUCCCAGCUCAACUGCCAGCAGCUCGUACGGACACCUGUCAGUUGGUGGCAUCAGCCCCUCCUUCCAUUUCCCACAUCCCAUCAGCCCUUUCACCUACCAGCAGCUUCUGUCACAGCAGCGAGGUCUUGGCACCUUUGGACACACGCCACCCCUCAUUCAGACUCCACCCACUUUCUCCAGUCGCCACCUGGGUCUCAGCUCAUCCUCGCUGCCUGUUUGUUCCACCCACAAUGGCGAGCUGUCAUCUAAGAACUGUGGAGGCGACUCGGCCGUCAGCAGCACAGUGGGUACCAUUGUCGCCAAAAGAUCAAAGGUCAAAAUGGAGUCACAGGGUCUCAGGAUGUCAUCUCCUUUUUUACCGCUUAAGGAUCUCACCCACCGCUUGAUCCUCCCUUUGGAGCUUGACCAAUUCUUCUCUGCUGAUGGUCAGAAGGCGCGCCGCAGGAUCUCAGUCGGCAGCUGUGGUGAGAGUGAGGGCAGCAACCCAAGCUACAUCCUUUUCCCAA